AAACAAUGACGUACAUCCGGUCCUAGGAGACGAAAAGAAGCGAGGGAGGGAAGAGAAAAUAAACAUGAGUGGAACACAGCCGUUCAUUCUGCUCUAAAUCUUGUUUUUUUUCUCAGACUGCGAGUGUUAAUUUUAUAAUCAGGAAAAAUCGGAAUCUAAACGACUAAGUCAAUUCAUUUAGUGAAUCACUCAGAAAUUAACCAAAUUACGCUCGUCAAACAAUAAGCUCGUUACUGACUGGGUUUGUGAAUAUAAUGCCUUGUGUUUUCACUAGUUAGCAAUUGAAAUUAGUCAAAACUCUGUUAAAUUGUUUCUAAACGACUAUUUGAGCAAAAUAUUUGCAACUGGAUAAUUGAGAGUGACUGUAAUUCUGGUGAUCAAGAUCAACUACUGACAUACUAUUGUAAGGAUGGAGUUUGAGGAAGAACCCUGCAGAAUUAAAUAUGAAGAGACAGAGGAACAAACAGAUAUGAUGGAAGUGAAUGGAAACAAACCUCAUUAUUUCAAAAAUGAAGAUGGAAAUGCAGUCGUUUUAAAGACUGAAGAGGAUCAAGCUGCAAAAUCUGAAGUCCAAGAAUCGUUCACCUGCUCAGAGUGUGGAAAGAGUUACACAUGUAAACCAGCCCUAAACAGACACCUGAUAAUUCACACUGGAGUAAAACCGUUUACAUGCACUCAGUGUGGAAAGAGUUUCACUUACAAACCAGACCUUAAGAGACACGAGAGAAUUCACACUGGAGAAACUCUGCUCACAUGCACUCAGUGUGGAAAGACUUUCAUUCGUAAAGAAAACCUAAUUAAACACAUGAGAUUUCACACUGGAGAAAAGCUGUUCACCUGCACUGAGUGUGGAAACAGUUUCAUAUAUAAAAAUCAACUAAAUGCGCACAUGAGAAUUCACACGGGAGAAAAACCAUUCACAUGCACUCAGUGCGGAAAGAGUUUUGGAUUCAAAAGCACUCUCCAAAAACACCUGCACACUCACUCUGGAGUGAGGUUGUUCAGCUGUAAUCAGUGUGAUAAAACAUUUGUUUUGGCAGUGCAUUUAAAAGCCCACCUUAAAGUUCAUGCUGGUGUGAAACCUUACGCUUGUUUUUUUUGCGAAAUGAGUUUUUUAGAGCCACACUUAUUAAAAAAGCAUGAGCGUGUACAUACUGGUGUGAGACCUUAUGUAUGCUCUUAUUGUGGGAAGAGCUACACUUCAUCCAGUGCCUUAAAUUCACAUCAGAAAGUUCAUACUGGAGAGAGACCAUAUGAGUGUUCAUACUGUGGAAAGCGUUUCUUUUACCCACAAAUCUUGACAGAACAUGAGAGAGUCCAUACUGGAGAGAAACCGUACAAGUGCUCAUACUGUAGAAAGUGUUUUGCUCAGUCAGGAAACCUGAAAAAACACGAGAGAGUUCAUACUGGAAGUAAGCCGUAUCAGUGCUCUUCAUGUGGGAAGAGUUUCAAUCAAAUAUCUCAUCUAAAGAACCAUAAGCAAAAGUGUUGUCCAGAGCUGCCUGCAUCACAAAUAAUACAUUCACAAGACAUUCAGAUAAAACAAAAGCUGGAAUUUGUUUCCAUUGAUUGAUUUCAUUUAAGAAGGAAAUUUUCUAAAAUUAGUAUUAAGGUUUGAUCAUUUGACAAAGCAUUUGACAGCGUCAUAGUAUGUACAUGUACAUUCCCUCUUCCUGUAUCAGUAAUAGUGAAUUGUCCAUAGUUUUCUCCAAAACAAAUCUAUUGUGUUUAUUAUUAUGAGAGCCGUAAAACACAGCCAUUUAUGCAGCUCUAAAUCUGACUGAGUGAAUUAUUAUAAUUUCUUUAUUAUUCAGGAAGAAUUUACAUUUAAACGAUUUUGGUGAAUCAAAAACACAAACCAUUUGGAGUGGUUACAUUUUUUUUUUGUUGUGAAGUUCAGCUAUUUUCAUUAAUUGUGCGCAUGUGAGGCAUUUGUGAAACAAUGAUAGUCUAAUCAUAAUUCAAACAACUUAGCUAUUCAAUCAUGAUACAUUUAGAAACUGAGGACUUUUGCAUUGAAAUCACUCUGAACAAUGUGAAUAUAUAAAAAUAAAAACAAUGUGAUUGUAAUGAAUAUUACUGUAGUUUAUUUAAUGUUUCUAAUCUAAUUAUACAAGUAUCAGCUCAUUCUUUUUAAAAUGACACCAGAUGUUUUCUAUGUGUGAUUAAAGAGGCGAUUCCUUCAUAAUUUAGACUCUGACACACCAACAUCACUGAGAGAAAAUGAAAUUGUUCAGGAAAAGUGAAUGUGUUCUGUGUCUGACAAUUCAGCAAUGUGUACUUGUUUUACAGAUACUAUCCAGUAGUUUUGAAAUAAGGGUAUGUACGUUCUUAUGUGGUUAUAUUUUGACAAACAAUGUGGUCAAAAUGUAAUAAACUCAUGUUUUAAGCA